AUGUCCUCAGGCGACGGUCGUGCGCCGGCCUGGAAGCGACUGGGCCUGAAGCUCAAGCAGAGCUCAGGCCCCGAAGCAGCAAACGAAACCCUGCAGGUUGGGCAUCCAAGCAGCAGUAGCAGCAGGACCCAGCAGUCGACGCCGUUCAAGCGGAAGCCCGAGGCCCCGCCGGCAGGCGAACGCCUGUCGGCGCUGAAAAGGUCGCGGAACGAAUCGCAUGCUGCGGCGCCCAGCCCUCAGCUGAACAGGAAGAAGUCCGUCUCGUUCGGCGAGACGCCCACCAAGAGCGGCGCCGACACCCAGAAGCCCGCCGGCAACAAGCCGCCGCCGAAGAAGGCCAAGGUGCCUGGGAAGAAGCAAGCUCCUGCUCCUCCUCCUUCCGACAUCAAGCCAGCGCUGGAGUACCUCAACCAGUGGAACACGGCUCGAGACUCGUGGAAGUUCAACAAGAACCACCAAUCGACGCUCAUCAAGUUCGCCUUCGACCCUACUCUUUUUCCCUCCGCCAACAUUGAUACCUUUUACGCAUACAUCCGCGAUCUCAAGGGCUUCGUCCGCACGAGACUACAAGAAACCGCCAUGGAACUGAGGACAAAGGACAGCACAGCAGGAGCCGCUGGCUUCCCGGAAGGCUCAGUAAACCUCCCGGAGAAGCAGCUGAGAUACGACCAAGUGCUGGCUCAGGUGCUGCACUCGCAGGCAGGGCGGAAGCGGAAAACCUUUGACGAGGCGGAGUACCGGAGCUCGUCGCAAGACGUGGAGGAUGUCAUCAUGCGUGUGAUUAAGCGCAUGCGUGCAGAGCUAGUGCUGGAUCAGUUGUCAGACAGCGAGGAGACGGACGCAAGCACCACCACGACGGCGACGGCUUCUUCCGGCAAGGCCAGCAUUGGCGAUAGCGACAGCAGUAAGACCACCGAGGGCGACGCCAAGGUGAAGCUGAGCGAAGGUGUGGGCAAGAGGCGGAGAAAACUACGUACCAAUGUCGAUGACAGCAGCAGCUCCUCUGAGUCAGACAGCGAUUCAGACUCGAGCAGCAGUUCCUCAGACGAUGAUUCAGACGACGAUGAUAAUGAUGGGGAAAAGAAUGACGAUGACGGCAACGAGUCCUCCAGCAGCUCGUCUUCGUCUUCAUCCUCGUCUUCGUCUGAUACGGAGGAAGAGUCUGGCUCGGACGACGAGAGCUCGAGCGACGAAGAAUAG